AUGGUAUUAGGACUUCGAUUCAAUAACGCAGAAAAUAGGAUGGCAUAUAAACAGGUGAUACGAUUGCCUUGUACAUGCCUGGAGCCCUGCAAAGAGUCCUGGGACCUGAAGAAAAACCACUGCCAAAGCUUCUGUGAGCCUCUUUUCCCCAAGAAGAAUUAUGAAUGCCUAACUAGCUGUGAAUUCCUUAAAUACAUCCUGUCUGUGAAGCAAGGGGACUGCCCAGCACCUGAGAAGGCCAGUGGCUUUGCAGCUGCCUGUGUUGAAAGCUGUGAAGCUGAUAGUGAAUGUUCUGGAGUGAAGAAAUGCUGUUCCAAUGGAUGUGGUCAUACGUGCCAAGUCCCAAAAAAUCUGUACAAAGGUGUUCCACUGAAACCCCGGAAAGAAUUAAAAUUCAUAGAACUUCAGUCUGGAGACCUGGAGGUGAAGUGGUCUUCAAAAUUCAAUAUUUCCAUUGAGCCUGUGAUUUAUGUUCUUCAGAGGAGGUGGAAUCAAGGAAUCCAUCCAAGUGAGGAUGAUGCUACUAACUGGCAAACUGUGGCACAGACUACGGAUGAGCGGGUUCGGCUGCCGGACAUCCGAGCGAGCAGGUGGUACCAGUUCCGCGUGGCAGCUGUGAAUGUGCAUGGGACGAGAGGCUUCACAGCACCCAGCAAGCACUUCCGAUCCUCAAAAGAUCCGUCUGCUCCACCAGCUCCAUCUAAUAUCAGAAUUGCCAAUAUCAGUGCGAACAAUGAUGGGAGUGUAAAUGUAAUGAUUACUUGGGAUCUUCCAGAAGAGCCUGAUAUCCCAGUGCAUCACUACAAGGUUUUCUGGAGCUGGACGUAUAGCAAAUAUGUAAUCCCAGCUAAAAAAAAGAGAAGGAAGAUUACUGAUGGGGCCCAAAAUUAUGUGGUCCUGGAGGGACUUCAGCCCAACAGCAACUACAAUGUAGAACUGCAGGCAGUAACACGUUGGGGUCAGAUUCGCCUGAAAAGUACUAAGGUUUCUCUCCAUUUUAGCACGACUCAGGACACCAGGAAUAAUA